AUAAUACGACAGGAGCGGCGUGCAUUAUUGUUUUGCCAAGAAGACAGAGCAAUACUAUGCAGAGAGUGUGACAUUCCAAUACAUCAAGCCAAUGAGCAUACUAAGAAACAUAAUAGGUUCCUCCUUACAGGCAUCAAGCUCUCAUCCUCUCCAUCCUCGUACCCGACGACAGCCUCCAACUCUAACUCUGCAGUGGCAUUGGGCCGGGCCAAAACUCGACCCAAAUCGGUAUGGGGGGAGGUCCCAAGCUCGGCCUCUAGUGAGGUAUUUGGGAGCUCUCAUUCCACGACUACAAGCAACUACUAUUAUGGGCUAGAGGAGCAAGCUAGCGAUUCGUGUUCUGGCAGUAUAUCAGAGUAUUUGAUGGAAACGUUACCGGGCUGGAGAGUGGAGGAUUUGCUUGAAGAUCCUUCCUGUGUCUCCUAUGAUGAUAUUUUUACUAAUAAUAAUAAAAAUGGGGUUUACCAUGGUUCUUCUUCUCAAUACGAGCAUCAAGGCUUUUGGGAACAAAAGCCCUUCUCCUAAAACCUUUUUUUUUAUUUUGUUGGUUGGACUCUUGUUUUUUUUUUCUCUUUGGUUGUUGGCUGGGGUAAUUACGAAUCCAAACCAACUUGUUGUCUCUGUUUCUCAUUUUAUCAUUUGUUUCCUUUUUUUCUAAUCUUUGUUUUUAAUAAGGAAAGAAUUCGUUUCUCAACAA